AUGUUUGGGUAUGAAUAUGGCAAUCCAGCUUUGACAAUUCUAUCAGCGUAUGCUCCGACCUAUAUGGCAAACGGCGAUGAAAAGAGUGCGUUUUAUGAUGCUCUAUCAGAUUGUAUCAAGUCUAUACCAAAGCACAAUGUAAAAUUGGUAUUAGCUGAUAUGAAUGCCAGAAUUGGAAGAGAUAUGUCAUCUAGAACAAUUGGAUCAUCGUUGUACCAUGAUAAAACAAAUGACAAUGGAGAGAGGUUGAUUGAAUUAUGUGAAACGUGUGACAUGCGAGAAAUACAAUCAAAGUUUAGACAUCGUCAAGGACGACUGUGGACGUGGAGACAUACAUCUGGUCAAACCGCACAGUUAGAUCAUAUCCUUGUCAACUCAAAAUGGCGUAAUUCGAUUCGUAAUUGUAGGGCUUACAACACAAUGAACGUUGACUCAGAUCAUCGAGUUGUGUGCUAUAAAUUCAAAUUACGAUUAAGAGCUACAAAGAAAUGUAGUGUCACACAGUCAUUACAACUAUGCAACUAUACAACAUUUGCUCUAAAGUUUAUGAGUCGAGUACACAUAUUGAGAAGAAUUUUGGAGGGAUGUCAUAAAAAGAAUCCACCAUUUGUUGCAACAUUUGUGGACUUCAAGAAAGCAUUUGAUUCCAUACAUCGUGUUAUGAUAUUUAAUAUCCUUCGAAAUUAUGGAAUCCCGCAAAAAAUAGUAGAUGCAAUUAGGUUAUUACACGAUACAUCCAUAGGUAGCGUACUAGUAGAUGGACGGUUAACGAAAGAAUUUAGAAUAUCUCUCGGAGUAUUACAAGGUGAUGUCCUAGCACCAUUUCUUUUCAUUAUUGUCAUCGACUAUAUAAUGAGAAGAUGUGAGAUGGACAACUAUGGGUUUAUAUGUGAAAAAAGGACAUUUGCAAGACAUUUGGAAAAGAGAUUAAGUGACUUGGAUUAUGCAGAUGACAUAUGCCUUUUAGAAAAUUCUAUUCAGGAAGCGCAACAACAACUAGAUGUUCUUAAUUCGAAUGCUAUAAGAAUUGGUCUAGAAAUAAACAUUACUAAAACGGAAUACAUCACUAAUGUGAAUGCUGCUGACACAUUAAAGGGCAUCGGUUCAGCAACUGAUAUGGCUAUUCGAGAAAAAAUACCAGUAUUAAAAGUAAAAGCUGGUAACAACGAUGUUACUGUAACGUUCCUUCUCCAGACUGUCGGUAUUGUUGCGACGUGUAAUAUUUGA